AUGGAGCCUGAUGGAAGGGCUUCGACUUCUUCCCGAGGAAAACUGAGGCUUGAGAAUGAGGCUAGAAACCAUCCUCGCGCUGGCACCCAACCCUCCACCAUCGCACAACAGCGUCAGGAGUUCCUCGACCUGUACCGUGCAUCUAAAGUUGUCAUAGUGUCUGGUGAACCCGGUUGCGGCAAGUCUACACGAAUCCCCGAAUUCGUUCUCUCGGAAGAGCCUAACAGCGGCAAGCGGGUGGCGUCGGCCCAGCCAAAUAAAUCGACGACAACUUUGCUCGCCCACCGGGUGGCGGCUAAACUUGAUUGCGAGGUUGGAGAUAAAGUUGGCUACAGCAUUCCUGGAGACGACAGAACCACGAGCGAGACACUCCUAGAGUUUACAACCGCUGAGAAAUUGCUGUGGAAGUUUCAGGGUGAUGGCAUGCUAUCAAAAUACAGCUGUAUCAUCAUCGAUGAGGUCGAUCAAAGAACCAAAGCUAUCGAUAUCUUGUUGAUGGCUCUCAAAGACUUGCUUCCCUUUCGCUCCGCAUUCAAGGUUGUGAUCAUCUGCAGCGCCUAUGAUACCAGUCCGUUGCUCACUUAUUUCGACGACCUUGCUCCUUUGGCCAUGACAAUUUCCAGCCACAACAAGCCAGCCAUCAUCGAGAAGGUCGAGCACGAGAUACAUCUGGCCUUGGCACCUAUUACUCUUGGUCACAUUCUUGUUGUGCUCGCAACCGCCAACGACGUCAAGUUUUUCUGCUCACAGUUGGAGGGCCGGGAAACCGCCCUAGAAAUCGUCCCCUUUCACGAAGAUCUCAAAAUUGACGAACAGCGGAAAGCCUUCAUUUCGUCUCCUCGGCAAAAGUGUAUCAUCAGCACAGAACUGAUUAAGAACAGGUUUUAUGUUGAUGGUGUUACCUACGUUGUUGACUCAGGGCUUCUUGAAAAAACUUUUAACCCCACAGCCCGGAUGGAAGUGACAUCCAUCGAACCUGUUUUCAAAAAGAAUGCUGACCGACGUGCCGCUCGAGCGCCAUCUGGUGUGUGCUUCCGCCUUUACAGCGAGGCAACCUAUGAUGGCUUGGAACUACAGAGAUCGCCCGAGUUGCUCCGCACGAGUAUGACAUCGGAAAUACUCCUCUUGAAAACGCUGGACUACCGCAGGAUCAACGAUCUGCACCUUCUUGAUUCACCGAGUCCGGCAAUCGUCGAAGCAGGGAUUUGGGAGUUGGAGACUCUUGGCUUUCUCGACGAUGAUCACUUGAUGACCGAAGACGGCAAAACGGCCUAUCGUUGCAUGGCAUCCGACAGUCCCAUUUCUCCCGUCUGGUUUAAAGCGGUUGUCGAAGGCUUUCGCUAUGGCGUGCAAUAUGACCUCGUUUGCCUUGCCGCGAUUUUCAAUUCUCGUCGACCCAUCUUUGUUCCUAGUGCCGAGGUACCUGCGCACUCCAAGUCUGCUCUGGGUAGAUUCAUAUCUCACCAGUCUGAUCAUCUUGGCUAUAUGCACGCCUUAUAUGCUUACGAAAGGGUGAUUGAGGAAAAACCUGACCUUGUCGAAUUCUUUUGCUCAGAGUCCUCCCUCGAUAGGACAGCUCUGGAGGCCGUUCUCAGGUUUCGUGGUGAGCUUCUCGAUUUCUUCAGCAACCUUCAAAUGGGGGCUGUAGGUCGACCCAAGGGCCGUGAAGAAGCUCGCUAUGAUAUUGUGAAGAAAGUCCUGGCCAAGAGCUUCUCCCAUCACGCUGCGUUUCUGGACGAUCCGAUUCAUGGGCAUUACAAAAUCCGCAGCGGCGGAUGUAUUUCUACCAUCAAGGCAACCAGCUGCUUGGCUGAAUUCAGACCCAAACAUGUCAUUUUCGACAAAUUGACUUCUGCUGCCAAUAGCUCACGGAUGGAAGUUGUGACGAGGGUUCGGCCGGAAUGGCUCCCAGUAGGUCCCAUUUUUCGUCAUUCUCCAACUCGUAUCGAGGUUUGCUAG